UAGGACGGAUAGAAUAGACCGGUCAAGGUAUAGUGUUGAAUAAAGGGGAUGUGCUUGUUUUCUUUUGCCAGGGAACUUAAAAAGAAGACGCUGUCAAGAUGCCUGAGAUUGGCGGCGCAUCAGUUGUUCCUAAGAAGGGUCUGACACUCGAUGACCUCAUCGCGGCCAUCGACCGACAUGAAAGGAACCCGAGCAACAUCCCAAAGGUCGAUACUUUCCAUUUGUGUGGGGAGAAAGUCUCAGAAUGGCUAGAGCGGGUGGAACAAGCUUUGGUCGGGCGGCCGGAUGUUGUAAAGUUUAAACGCAUCCUUCAGUAUGUCCUCCACAGCUACCAUCAGGAGGUGAAGAAAGUCAUAGAUGCGGCUCAAGGUAGCUGGGAGAGGUUCAAGGAGGGGAUGCAGAUGAAAUACCGCCUGGGAGACGGGUUGUUGACUACCACGGACCUUGAAGCGAUGAACAAAGAGGAUUUUACGACUAUAGGGGCCUUUGUUCAAAAAUUUAAGAAAAGGGCGCGGAAGGUCCAUGGGAUUUCGGAGGAAGCACAGUGCGCCAUCUUCCUGGGGCUACUCACAGCAUCGGAGACCGUUGAAUUGACGAGACAUGGAGGAGGUAGCACUAAGCUCACCUGGACCACCAUUGACAGAGGGGUGGAAGUUGGGUGCUUGGACCAGGUGGAACAAUGUCAGGUACUCCUGCAAAGACAAAAGAGAAAGGAAAGAGAUGCGACCGCUUCUGGGACCCCAGGAGUAACAAGGAUUGUUACAGACGUAUUGGCACAGCUAGGUUCACAGGGCAGUGUUGUAGGAGGUGGGAACCAGGGGCAGGGCAAUCAAGGCAGUGAAGGGAGGGGUGGAGGAAAGGGGCGAGGCAGGAAUGACGGCGGAAGAGGAAGGCAAUGGAAUGGCCAAGGCCAGGGGUACCAAGGCCAAGGGAGUCAAGGCCAGGGGUACCAAGGCCAAGGGAGUCAAGACCAGGGGUACCAAGGCCAAGGGAGUCAAGCCCAAGGGUACCAAGGCCAGGGCUAUCAAGGCCGGGGGGAUCAGGGAAGUCAGGGGUAUGGAAGACCCCACUUUGACUGGAGGACGGUCAUCUGUCAACAUUGUGACCAGCAGAGCCACACUAUAAGGUUCUGUAAUAUAAGACGGGAAGACGAGAGAAGCGGACUGAUUUCCUCUACUAUGGAUGGGAAUAUCUACGAUCAGUUUGGGGAGGCCAUUGACAGAAGGCUUGGAAGAGUGAGGGCUGAACCCCAACGAAGAGCGGCAGCUGGGCCACCACCCCCUGCCAUAUUCAGGCUAUGGCAGGAAAAGGAGAAACCACCAUUUGGGGUGGAAGAAGUGGGGAGCGAUGAGGAAGUGACUCAAGGGCUGCGAGGAGGAAGUGAGACGGAAGAGGCCAUAAUCAUCGAGUCAGAUGACGAGGAUGAGGAGGAAAGAACGGAGCCUUUGUCCGUCUUAUUUGAGAAGAUGGAGGACUUGCUGGAUAAGAUGGAGAGGUACCAACAGGAGUUGGUAGGCCUCUGUGAAGGAGUGAAAGAAUGGAAGUCUAAUGUCCCCACAAUAUUCCUUUAUAACUCCGGCCCGGAGUCAGCGCCUAGGCGACCCGGAGUAAAUGUGGUGGGGUCGUGCCCUCAACCAGGAAUGAGGAGGAGACCCCUCACUCCGCAGGCCCGGCUGGCACAGGCAGCGCGAACGAGGAAUCAAGCCAAGGCCAGUACCAGCCAAGAGUCUCCAAGGAGGGAAUACGAACCAGAAAGAAGGAAAAAGGUUGUGGAAGUAGAGGACGACGAUGAUGAAGAGGAAGAGGAUGAGAGGCUGCGCAGAGAAGAGGAUCAGAGAGCGGAGCAGCGGGCAAGGAAAAAGGGAACCAGGGGAGAGGCCGAACCGGUCAUACAUGACGGACCGCCCAAAAAGAAGAAAUACGCGGUCCAGUUGGAAGAGGGAUUUGAUGUAGAGAAGGUGAUUGACCGGCUAUUGGAAGGGCAUAAUGACCUCAUGACCCUGAAGGAAAUCCUAGCGUCAGCCCUGCGACUCCGCGAUGAACUGAAGGGGAGGUUAUCACGGCGCCUAGUGCCUAAUAUCCAUCUGGGUACGAUCCUGCCCAAGGAGGCAGAGUGGGCAGAGUCAGGUACGAAGAUGGACUGGAAGGGACGGCUCAAGCAGGGUUCUCAAAGGCGGUACAAGACGGUAGAUAAGAAGUGCCGCCCAGUACCCGUCCUCGUUACAGAGGACAAAGAAGCAUAUUACGAGAGGGAACGAGGGUUGAUUCGACAAAUGAGGGAAAGUGCUUUAGCAGGGCCAUGUCGUAUCAACGAAGGGAACGAGAAGGAGUUGAUCAUAGGGAAGUCUGAUUUCCUGCUGCCUCAGGAGCAAACGCUGAUGGUGGAAUUAAUGAAGAGAAAGCAUCGCGCCUACGUGUUUAGUGACGAGGAGCGUGGCAGUCUGGAUGUAGAUAAGAUACCUAUGAUCCGCAUCCACACCGUGCCACACGAGCCUUGGAAUAUGAGAGGGGCGCGAUAUCCCAAUCCUGACGAGGAAAGGAAGGUGGUGGAUUAUCUUGACGGCAAGAUACGUACUCACGUCGCCGACUAUUCAAGUGGACCGUAUGCGUCCCCGUGGUUCUGCUUUACUAAGCCUAACGGGACGCUGCGGUCUGAUUUUACGAAGACAGUCAUGCCAAGAGGAGGGAAGUGGACACAACCGACUCAGAGGCCGUUGGGCGCAUCAGGAGGAUAUGAGCGGCAUGGGCCUCGCCAUCGGGAGAGUACUCCAGUCUACAAUGAUGGGGACAUCGAGCUAUUCCUGGACAGUUUCUGGAAGCAUGCGAGGUGUAUGGGCUGGACCGUCGCUCAGGCGAUUGAGAGAUUGAGGGGAGCAGGUAGGUUCGAAGAGCCCAUUGCCAGGAUUCGUAGGGAGGCGACGACGAGGCAGGAGGUGGAGAUGAGGAUGGAGGUGUUGCGACCCUCGUCUGUGGGACCUGAUGGCAGGCCGAUCCGCCUGGAGAUUGGAAAUGCGUUGGACUUCAUCCCCGCGUUUGAGUGGUUCAUGCAAGAGCAGGGCAUACCGAGAGAUGAUUGGAUGCAGMCGCUACCACUCUGGACCAGGAAGGCGGAAAGGCCACUGGCUAUGCAGAUCAGGGACAUGGCACGAGAUUGGGAGAGCUGCAGGGCACAUUUGAGAGAGGCCUUUCGACGGCCAGAGCUCCCUCAGCCCAGAGUCGAGAGGCGACAGAGGAGUCAGAGGCCGAGGGACCCUGAGCCCAAGGAGGCAAGACCAUCUCGAGGAGGAUGGAAGGCCCUCGCCAGGAGAGAGAAGGAGCCAGAGGAUGAGGAGCGAGGGGCAUACCCUGAGUGUGGGUUGGGGCUAGUGGAGUUCCAUCGUUUUACUGAGGGUGGAUUGAGGAGGUCGCCAGCACACACACAGGGGGAGCCACCAGCGUCAGAGGGGCCCUUGAGGGAAUUGGAGUUGCAUUUAGAUAUUUCUCGGUGGAGGGCGUCGCUUCAGGGUGAGAAGCAUGGAGAGCAGGCAGAGGAGGUGUCACGAGAGGAGGUGCCACAGGGGGAGAUACCACGAGAGGAGAUGCCACGAAAGGAGGUACCACAGGAAGAGGUCCGGGGUACUCAGCGAGAGAGAGGGCUGGGCGAUGAGGGGAGACGUGUAGGGAAGGAAGUGAUAGAGGUUGGAGAGGACACGCCCCCACAGACGCCAGCAGUGGCUAUCGUUGAGAGCCUGAGGCAGCAAACCCAGGGAAAGGUGGACAGACCAGGGAGCAGCCGGCAGGGAGAGCAGAGGCAACCAGGACAGGGAUUGCCAGGACAGCCAUCUGCGACAGAGCCUCGCCAGGAGCCACCUAUGGGGAGGGUUAUCCUGGAGUCAGAGGAGGCGAGAGCACAGAGACAGGCGRAGAGAGAGGCGUUCGAGUUCAGAGCCCCUACCGAGCUCGCGACACUGCCAGUAGCAGCGGCGGGCCCAGUCGUACCUUUGGAAGUAGAGGAGGGGCUGCCACCAUCUAGCAGUGAGCCGGCUCAGGACUCAGUAGAGGAAUCCAUGGGCGUGCUCCUUGAGGCGGUGAAUACUAUGCAGGAGGAGGUGAGUUUGUUUUCACCUGAGCAGAGUAUAGAGGAGCCUCUUGAGAAAGAGAUGGGGAUUGAGGAGGAGGGUGUCAUCGCGGGCAGACUCCAGAGGAUAGGCACACCUGAGUAUGGACCAGAGGAGAUUGAGGAGCAGCCUACGGCAGUGCCAGGGGCGAUACUCGAGAGGAGGCCUCAGAGGUUGGACACGCCCGAGUACGUCCCAGCGAUAGAGGAUUUGAGAGGCAGACUAGGAUCUUGGGCUACUGGAUCUGGGUCUGGUGGACCGGUUCCGGGGACAGAGCAGCAGGGGGGUGUCGGUACCUUGGUGGGAUCUCCUUCAUCGCCACCUCCUCAGCCCAGGAAGAAGAAGUUCAAGAGAAAGGCAGAUCAACUAUGUUUUUACUGCAAGAGGGACGUGCAUCUGGCUUUGGACUGUCUCGAGUUUCUUGAGGAUAAGGCAGCAGGGAAGAUCUCAGAGGUAGGGGGUAAAAUGUAUGAUAGACAGGGUAGGAUAGUAGAGAAGUCCGCAGAUGGACUUAGGGCUCAGUUAUAUAGGCAAAACCAGGAGGAGUUGAGGAGGUAGGGCCGGUUUUGUCUAUAUAAGUGAGCGAGCAUUUUGUGA